AUGGCCAGCCCUCUGGAAGAGACCAUGAUCAGCUACGAGGAGCUGUCGGAUCUCGAGCAGGAGUUUGACGAUGUCGAGACCGAGAUUAUCCGCCAGCAAUAUGCCCUCUCCAAGCCGCUCUACGCGCGCCGCGCCGAGCUGUUGGCCAAGAUCCCCAACUUCUGGCCCCUCGUCCUUGAGCAGGCGCCGAUGGACAUUGACGAGUACAUCCAGCCGACCGACUCCAACAUCCUCCUGCAUUCUCUCAAGAAUCUCUCGGUGAGCCGCUUCGAGCUCGACGAGGACGAGAAGAACGGCGACCCGCGCAGCUUUUCUAUCCGCUUCGAGUUCGCGGAGAACGAGCACUUUGACAACUCGGUGCUGGAGAAGAAGUUCUACUGGCGCGAGACCAAGGACGGCUUUGCCGGCCUCGUCAGCGAGCCCCUGGUAAUCAACUGGAAGAAGGGCAAGGACCUGACGGAUGGCCUGCUGGAGCAAGUCAAGGCCGUGUACGACGAGCAGCUGGCCAAGCCGAAGAAGGACCCCAAGGACAAGAUGAAGGAGAAGGUCGUCCUGACGGAGAAGCAGAAGGCGCUCAAAGAGAAGAUGGAGAAGACUGGCAUGGGCGGCAUUAGCUUCUUUGCGUUCUUCGGCUACAUUGGCGAGUACGUCACUGCUGAGGAGAGCAAGGAGGCGAUUGCAGCGGACAAGGAGGAGCGCCGGAAGCGCAAGGCUGGUGAGGAGGUUGAGAAGAAGGACGAGGACGAGGACGAGGAUGAGGACAUGGAGGACGCCGAUGAGGAAGAGGAUGAUGACCUGGACAUCUUCCCUAUGGGCGAUGCUGUCGCCAUGGCUAUCGCUGACGACCUCUGGCCCGGCGCCCUCAAGUACUUCAUCCAAGCUCAGGAGCAAGACGGGCUUAGUGAUCUCGACUUUGAGACUGAUGAGGAUGAUGAUGAGGAGGACGAGGAUGAGGAGGAGGCGGCCGGUGCUUCGCGCCCGCAGAAGAAGCACAAGGGCGCCUGCGCCCACGGUUGCAAGCACUAA